AUGGAUUCUGAUAAGGACCAAGUAGUGCCCAAUUCGCCUCUUCAAGAAGAAGAAGAAGAACUACGUGUACCUGAUUGCCCACCGCACCAACCACCAAACAACUCUCCACCGCCACAACAACCACAGCAGCAUCCACCACCAAUAGUUUCUCCGACGCAGCCACAACAAUCACCAUUAAACUCUCCGCCACGGUCAGCACUAUCACUCCAAGACUCUCCCCCGCAGCCGCAAGAACAACCACCAGGUGACUCUCCUUCGCAACUAGACCCUCCAGUACCCUCCAUCACGGUCGCAGUCGGAAACACAAUUGCAGUUAUCAGAACGACAUUAGAUCGCGACCCAGACUCUCCAGAUAGUCCUUCACCACCUGCACCAGACAGUCCGUCACCGUGA